AGGCGCUCUCAGUUGCGCUGUGUCUAUAGGGAGUACAGACAUAGCCACCUCCUUCUUAGCCAGAGAGGUCUUCAUGAACUGACGAGGAUCCCUUUGAAUAGGAUAACCCUCCACAUGAGACCUCUCACUGGGAGGUCAAAGAGUAGCUCACUGAAAGAACCCCCGAGAGGUUUGGAUUCUUACAGAAAACAUUGGAUCAAGACGACUUGAAGGACUUUUGGGGCAAGCAGGUGAAAAUGGGACACCAGCUUCCAUAAGCACCCUUUUUUCUCUCUCUCGAAAAUCAACCUCUAACAAUCCCAACAAACCUGAGCCUCAGGAGGUCAAGCUCAAAUCAACUACGUGGAGAGGGAAGCACAGCGGUGCUGGAAGUGGAAGUAAAAGGCAACGGCAAGAAUGAGCGAGAGGCCUGAAGAGUCAAACGGAGAGGUACGAAGUGGCCGACCGGACAAGAAAAGCAAAACCAACUGCCCUUAAUGUGAACGCACGGCACCAUGCUGCCAACCUGGCGCAAGAGGACCAAACUCCUGCUCACGCUCCUCUUUAUAGCCUUCAGCAACCAGGUGACCGGCUCACUGCUUGAAAGUCUGAUAGCUCAACGGACCGAAUACUUGGAGAACUGCAACGCAACUUUGGCAACUGGUGCUCUCUCAACAACUGGAAACUACUGUAAAGGAACAUUUGACAUGUUUGUAUGUUGGCCGCAUUCGUCUCCUGGAAACGUGUCCGUCCCGUGUCCGUCUUACUUACCAUGGAUCAGCGAAGACAGCACCAGGAGGGUAUACCGAGAAUGCUUGGAAAAUGGGAAAUGGCGAAAGAUGGAGAACUCCUCUGAGCCCUGGAGGGACGACUCUGAGUGUCGGGAGGACCAUUUCUUUAAAGACAAGGAGGACGAAAUGCUACGCCAGACAGCACUCAGGCUCAUCUCUGUCAUUGGGUAUUCACUGUCCAUGUUCUCCCUCACACUGGCCACUCUCCUGAUGGGCAUGCUGAGGAAACUCCACUGCACCAGGAACUACAUCCACAUGAAUCUGUUUGUGUCGUUCAUCCUGAGGGCGGCGGCCGUCAUUUCUAAAGAGCUAAUACUGUACAUCAUGUACUCCAACCUGCCCAAGGACAACCCCGGAUGGAACUCGUACUCCAGCUCAGCGAUUGCGCUGAUGUGCAAAUUCUCCAAAGUGUGCAUGGAGUACUUUGUGGCCUGCAACUAUUUCUGGCUCUUGGUUGAAGCCGUUUUCCUUCACACCCUGCUCUUCACCGCUGUGUUGACCAAGCGACGCCUGCUGAAGAAAUACAUGCUGCUAGGAUGGGGAACUCCUGUCUUGUUUGUGACCCCGUGGACAGUGGUCAAGAUUUUAUAUGAAAACACAGAAUGCUGGUCCAUUGUGAACAGAUGGUUCUGGUGGAUAAUAAGGGGCCCGAUUACUUUAUCUGUGCUGGUCAUUUUCUUCAUAUUCAUCAAGAUUCUGAUGCUGCUGCUGUCCAAGCUGAAGGCAGAUCAGGUGAAAUUCACCGACUACAGAUACAGCUUGGCCAGGGCGACGCUGGUCCUGAUUCCUCUGCUGGGAAUUCACGAGGUGGUCUUCACUGUGCUGAUAGACGAAUGCGUGGAAGGCAGCAGUCGCUACGCCAAGAACUUUGUCAACCUCACCCUCAGCUCGUUUCAGGGAUUCUUGGUUGCUGUACUAUACUGUUUCGCUAAUGGAGAGGUCCAAGCUGAGCUGAAAAAGCGCUGGCAGCUUUUCUUGUUCACCAACCACUUCAAAGUCAGAACCUGUUUUCAGGGGGCGCCCCUAAAGCACCUGUGGAAAUGUACUCGAGGCUGCCGUCCACAGGGCUCCCAGCAGAGUGACUCCUAUGACGAGGGUGGCACGCCCACGAUACACCCACACCUGCUUCAGGUGGCUGUGCAUGGAGGACGUGGGGAGCUGAGACAAGGGGAGGUCAAAGGUCAGGGAUUGAAUGGCUGUGACACAGCCGGACUGGACUUUCUCACCAGGAAGAGUCUUUCCAGCAGCGAUGGCGAGAUGACGCUUGGGGAGACCAUGGAGGAGAUUCUGGAGGAGAGUGAGUUCUGAUCCCAGUCAGUCUCUUGGAACUAUCUAAGAUGGAUGAGUUCUACUGUCAUAGUAUCAUACUGUAUGUAUGAUUCCUAUAUGCUAUGACUACCCGCGGGAAGACAGUCAGCGACACAUUCCUCCAAGACUGGAUUACCAACCAGGACAUGGAGGUCAUGUUUUUGCGUGCACGGUCUCACCAAUCUUAAAGUCUGGGGGGAAGUGAAAGAGGUUUGGUGGCAUGGUGAGGAUUUACAAUGCCUGAUGGUGAAGUACAGGUGGAGAGCUAACAGCUAGGAUGCUAGUGUGCCAUUUACUACCCAUUUCUGUUUAAUAGAGUGUCAUUAUCAAGCUAGCUAUCUUAUACACUGAGAUCAGCAUGCUCAUUACCCUGGUCACUAUACGCAUCAUUUCCUGUCUUCUAGCUUUCCAAAAGCAAUGACUGUUGAGUUUGUACUACAACUCUAGCCCAGAAGUCAGACCAACUUCCCUGCCCAAUAAUUUCGGUGGUGAAAAGUCAGACUAGAGUCUCCAGUGGGAAGUGAUUAUGCUUUGGCAAAGAUCUACCAGGCCAAUCGUAUUUUUGGAUAAGCUUUAAGUGGUUAUAGACAGAAGAGUAACAGUGUUAGAUAUCUGAGCCGCCAAUGGAAAAGUGAGGAUGAACAGCUAUGACAUUUGUCGUGAAUGGCAUAAUUGCUUGACGUCACAUACUUUGUUGCUUUGAUUGGCUGUAGAACUACCCAGUUAAGUGCAGAGGGGUUUUUCUUUUUUGCAUCUGUUGAAAGAUAGCCCAUAAUGGCAUCCCAGUGGCUAUGCUAGGUAACUUCAGCUCAUCUUAAAGUGCAUCAUGUAGCAGGGUGUAAAGGCCAUUGUAGGUUGUAGAUUUGUUUUAGAUUUUUUUUUAUUAUUAUUAUUUUUCUUUUUGCAAGGUACACUGUGCACUGGGAUUACUUUGGAAUACGUUACUGGGAUUUGCUUUUCAGAGCUGUUAUCACCAGUUUGUGGUAUCACCAAAAUGUACUUGACACAUUUUUGUACAUAUGAAAACAAAGAAAGAAAGGGUUUACUGUAGAUUUAUCAAAGAAUGAGACUUCAAAGAAAAACUUUAACUGUAAAUGAUUUAAAAUUUCUUACCUGUUAUAAAGGCUUUGCUUACAAGCAGUUCCAUCUCUAAAAAGUGUUAUGUAAUUACAGCAUUAGUAUUCGAUUCAUUACUCUCAGUUGCAGGUAUAGAACGUGCAAAUUUGGUAUUUGUACACAAACUGCAGCCAUCACCCUAUAGAGUUUCAACAGCAGUGUUAACCAUUUGUCCAAGAUUCAUUAUUUACUGUGUAAAAUAGACCAUCUCACUAUGUCAGGCCAGUUCUAAAUAUUCAUAUGGCACAACAUCUGGAUUGUGCAUAUAAAUACAAUGUAUUUGUUGUCCGGAUGUGAAUAAUCCUGAAUACGAAGGCAGCAAGCUCUACAGACUUUGUAUGUUUUCUAUUCCUGUGAAGCUUAAAGUGUAUCAAAGGCAUUGUUGUACAGGUAAAACUAUAACAUGAUCUGAACAUAUAGUCUCACAACGAUGUACGUGCACUAAUAAAACAACUGUCACACUGUCA